AUGAAGACAAUUGUGAUUUGGUUUGUUUUAAUUGGCCAACUCCUCAAGACGGGGCACUGCACUCAAACACACAACCAAAUUCUGUCAAUCACACCAAGAACACCCGAACAAGUGGGCAUCUUGAAGAAUAUCUCCAGCCAAUACGAGACAGCAUUGUGGCAGCCCAUCGACCCUCAGUACAUCCAAGAAGAAACUCAAGUUCACCUCUUUGUUCCUGCAAAGAGCUCAGCCACAGUAAAAGAUUUGCUGCAACGAUAUGAUAUAGCAAAUGAAGUGUUACUGGACAACACCGAUCUACUGAUUGAAAUGCAGACGAGGAACGACUCCACAGACCCGAGAAGCACCACGAGUUUCUUUGAGCGAUAUCACCGCCUGGAGGAUAUCUAUUAUUGGAUCAACAGGACCUCUCAAGACAACCCAAAUACCAUAAAAACCAUUCUUCUGGGUUCCUCAUUUGAGAAACAACCACUCUAUGUUCUGAAGCUGUCGCUUAACAGUGGGAAUAAGAAGGCUUUGUGGAUUGACUGUGGAAUCCACGCCAGAGAGUGGAUCUCUCCGGCUUUCUGCUUAUGGUUUGUACAAUAUUCCUUAGCUUUUUACAAGCAAAACCAAGAUAUAACUGACAUUUUAGACAACAUGGAUGUUUACGUCCUACCUGUGAUGAAUCCUGAUGGGUAUCUGUACACAUGGACUACGAACCGAAUGUGGAGGAAGAGCCGAUCAGUCCACCCGGAUAGCUACUGUGUUGGUGUUGACCUAAACAGGAACUUUGACGCAAACUGGUGCACGGAGGGAGCCUCCAAUGAUUCCUGCAGUGAGAUCUACUGCGGUGCCUUCCCUGAAUCAGAACCCGAAUCGGAGGCCGUAGCCAACUUCCUGCGCAGUAAAAAGGACACGAUCCAGCUUUACCUCAGCAUCCACGCCUACUCUCAGAUGCUGCUCUUCCCAUACUCAUGUACCUUGGAUGAGGCACAGAACCACAAUGAGCUGUUUGAGAUGGCCCAAGAAGCUUCACAAAAUAUCAGACGAUAUUACAGAAACACUUACAAAUAUGGUGCAGGAGCGCAGACGAUAUAUCUGGCACCUGGUGGCUCCGAUGACUGGGCGUACAAUCUUGGCAUAAAGUACUCAUUCACGUUUGAGCUCCAGGAUCGUGGACGCUAUGGCUUUCUUCUGCCACCGUCUCACAUUUCCAGGGCGUGCAAUGAAGCGCUCCUUGCCGUGAAGACCAUUGCUCUUAGGGUCAUAGACAAAACACAAGCUUCAAUAAGUUCUUCAGCUGUUUAA